CUGAGAGAGAAAUGGCUUACGAGGACCGGCUCAAAGCCGCGGCGAAGAUCAUCCAUGCCACCGACGAACGCGCCGGCGACGCGCCGGUAAAGCCGCAUGAGCUUGGCGUGACGGCGACUCUGAAGCCUCACCAAGUAGAAGGCGUUUCAUGGCUAGUACGGCGGUAUAUUCUCGGCGUCAACGUCGUUCUCGGAGACGAGAUGGGGCUAGGAAAGACACUUCAAGCCAUCUCAUUAAUGAGCUAUUUGAAAAUUCAAAAGUUGUCACCUGGGCCAUUUUUGAUACUAUGUCCUCUAAGCGUAACCGAUGGUUGGGUAUCAGAGAUGGACAGAUUUGCUCCAAAACUAAGAGUUCUACGUUAUGUUGGUGACAAGGAACACCGUCGCAGUUUACGUAGAACAGUAUAUGAGCAAGUAAAAGAACAGUCCUCACAAAAUGAUGUUUUGUUGUUACCUUUUGACGUGCUGUUGACAACAUAUGACAUAGCACUGAUGGACCAGGAUUUCCUUUCUCAAAUACCAUGGCACUAUGCAGUAAUUGAUGAAGCUCAAAGGCUUAAAAACCCUUCUAGUGUUCUGUAUAAUGCCCUAAAAGAGCGCUUUCUCAUACCAAGACGGCUACUGAUGACUGGCACACCAAUUCAAAACAAUCUCACUGAACUUUGGGCUUUGCUGCAUUUUUGUAUGCCUUCAGUCUUUGGGGGACUGGACCAGUUCCUUUCUGCAUUCAAGGAAGCUGGAGAUCCUUCUUCAGGCCAUGAUCCGUCUAAAGUAAAAGAGCAGUUUAAAACUUUAAAAGGUGUAGUGGGAGCCUUUAUGCUUCGACGUACAAAAUCUAGACUUAUUCAGCAUGGGAAUUUAAUCCUUCCACCACUUACUGAGAUAACAAUGAUGGUGCCACUAGUCAGUCUACAAAAGAAGGUUUACAUGUCAAUAUUGAGGAAGGAGCUACCUAAACUACUUGCAUUCUCUUCUGCAGCCUCAAAUCAUCAAUCAUUACAGAAUAUUGUAAUACAAUUACGAAAAGCAUGUAGCCACCCUUACCUUUUCCCUGGCAUUGAGCCUGAACCGUAUGAAGAAGGUGAACACUUGGUUCAGGCCAGUGGUAAACUUAUUAUUUUGGACCAACUACUUCAAAAGCUACAUGAUUCUGGGCACCGCGUCCUUCUCUUCGCUCAGAUGACCCAUACUCUUGACAUCCUACAGGAUUUUUUGGAGUUGCGAAGAUAUUCCUAUGAGCGUCUUGAUGGAUCAAUUCGAGCUGAGGAGCGUUUUGCUUCUAUAAGAAGCUUCAGUAGACAAUCAGACGAAAGAAGUUCGAAUUCUCAACCUGAUGGAAAUGGCGCUUUUGUGUUUAUGAUUUCUACUAGGGCUGGGGGAGUUGGUCUGAACCUUGUAGCUGCUGAUACUGUUAUAUUCUACGAGCAAGAUUGGAAUCCCCAGGUUGACAAGCAAGCUUUGCAGAGAGCACACCGGAUAGGCCAAAUGAAACCGGUGUUGUCUAUAAACCUCGUUACUGAACGUACUGUCGAAGAGGUCAUUAUGCGGAGAGCAAAGAGGAAAUUGCAGCUCAGUUACAAUGUUGUCGGGAAUGAUGUGGAAGACCAAGAAAUUAGAGAAUCUGCUGGAGUUGAAGCUAGAGAUUUGCGAUCUGUCAUAUUUGGAUUACGUAUGUUUGAUCCUACUGAGAUCGAUGAUGAAAACUUUGGUGAAGUAAAGAUUUCGGAGUUGAAUGCAAUGGCUGAGAAGGUAACUGCAAUGCGUUGUGAAGAAGUAGCAGCCAGAGAUGAUAGGAAAUUUGAGGUUAACCCAACAGAUAGUUUAAAUGGAUGUAUUCGUGCUCGAGGAGAUUCUGCUUCUUUUGAUUUUGAUUCUAGUUCUGAUGUGGCGUCAUAUCUCUCGUGGGUAAAAAAAUUUAAGGAGGAAUCACAAAAAAGUGACGAGCAAAUUAUGGAUUUCAGAAGAAGAGAAUUAGAUGAGGAUAAGCAUGCUAAGCUUGAGGCUGCAAAAAAGAAGGCCGAGGAUAAGAAAUUGUUAAAGUGGGGAGCCCUUGCGUAUCAUUCGUUGUCUGUCAGGGACCCUGUCACCCCUUUGGACAGUGAUAUGAUGUCAGAAUCGGGAGCUGUCCAGUUUGUUUAUGGAGAUUGCACCAAACCUUCGGAUGUUUGUCCAUCUGAGCCCACCAUUAUUUUCAGCUGUGUUGACGAUUCUGGAAACUGGGGACGCGGAGGCAUGUUUGACGCACUGGCCAAACUGUCUGCAAGCAUACCAGGUGCAUAUAACCGGGCUUCUGAAUUUAAAGACCUACAGCUUGGUGAUCUUCACCUCAUAAGAGUGAAUGAGAAUUCCAGUGAACAGAGCACGGAUAGUGAUACUCCUCAAUGGGUGGCUGUGGCCGUCUUGCAGUCUUAUAGUUCUCGGCGCAAAAUCCCCCGCAGUAACAUUUCUAUCCGAGACUUGGAAUCUUGCAUAGCAAAGGCAUCGUACGCAGCGGCUCAAAACGCUGCUUCCAUCCACAUGCCACGAAUUGGUUAUCAAGCUGGAUCAGAUCGUUCGGAGUGGUACACCAUUGAGCGUCUUCUUCGGAAAUAUGCUUCCAUUUAUGGCAUAAAGAUUUUUGUGUACUAUUACCGAAGGCCAUCGUCUUGAGACGUUCAAUUCAACGUUUCUCACAGGUUGCAACGGGCAUCUUCCUUAAGUAUAAUAAAGUUUAUGCAGUGUGAAAGCCAUGUGAAAAACGGCUAGGACAAUCAGCUUAUGGUUUGUAAAAUACCAACCAAUUUCUUUUUAGCACAUAUGGAAGAGUGGGUGCAAUGCAAUUGUUUCUUCUUCUUCUUCUUCUUCUUUUUUGUUUUUGUUUUUGAACUCUUCUUUUUCAACCACUUUUGUAUAAUAUAAACUUCAUUUAUUCCACCCUUUUUUCUCAAUUCUUUCAUA